GUGUAUGUGCAUGUGUGUGGUACAACCCGGGCUAACCUGUGACAUGGGAGGAUUUCCAUUUAAUCACCUUGGUCUGUCUGAGUUCAAAGCUGUUGAACUGAACAGUCUGAAUAAUCUUCUUAGCAGUAACAUUUUUAGUUUUUGCUCUGACCUCCAGCAAAAUGUCCGGGCACUCUGUGGCCGCCGGCUCCCUGGUGGCAGCCGACUAUUUGGUGUUUGCUCUUCUGCUGGUGGUGUCGGCUGCCAUCGGGAUCUUCUACGCCUGGGUCAGCAGGGGCCAACAGAACUCCAGGGACUUCUUAACCGGGGGCCGGCGACUGACAGCCCUGCCCGUCUCCAUGUCUCUGACGGCCAGCUUCAUGUCAUCCACCACACUGCUGGCCAACCCAGUUGAGGUUUACACCUUUGGAGCCAUUUUUGCGUUAUUCUCUCUCUCCUAUAUACUCUCCAUUGUGAUCACAUCGGAAGUCUUUCUCCCAGUCUUCUACAGACUGUCUAUCACCAGUACUUAUGAGUAUCUGGAGCUGCGUUUCAACAGAGCAACCCGGCUGCUGGGAACCGCGUUAUUCAUGGUUCAGACCAUCCUCUACACAGGCAUAAUCAUUUAUGGCCCAGCAUUAGCUUUGAGCCAAGUCACUCAUUUGGAUCUGUGGGGUGGAAUUAUUUCAACAGGAGUUGUGUGUACUUUUUACUGCACAUUGGGUGGACUGAAGGCGGUGGUGUGGACUGAUGUAUUUCAGGUUGGAAUAAUGAUAGCAGGAUAUCUUUCUGUUAUUAUCAAGUGUAUGAUCUUAAAAGGAGGAGUCGCCGCGGUCAUCUCAGAUUCACAACAAGGAGGGAGAAUCAACAUUUGGGACUUUGACUUAAACCCACUGAGGAGACACACUUUUUGGACCCUCACGUUUGGAGGGGGGGCUGCCUGGACCGCAGUCAAUGGGAUAAACCAAGCCCAGGUUCAGAGAUACAUCUCCUGCAAGAGCAUCACCCACGCCAGAGUAGCUCUGUACAUCAACCUGAUAGGUUUGUGUUUCUUCCUGGCGUGCUCAGUGCUGGCAGGAAUGUGCCUCUACUCAUUCUAUAAGAACUGUGACCCAUGGAGCGCUGGACUGGUCUCUAAUCCUGAUCAGGUCUACCCCAGCACAGUGUCUUCCAGCAUCAACGCGCUGGCUACAGUGACAAUAGAGGACCUGGUCAAGCCGUACACGAACAUGUCUGAGAAACAUCUGACCUGGCUGUCCAAAGGAAUGAGUGUAUUCUAUGGAGUUCUGUGCAUGGCCAUGGCUGGACUGGCUUCACUCAUGGGCGGGAUUAUGCAGACAACCGUCACCAUCACUGGUGUCCUCGGCGGUCCCUUACUUGGCCUGUUCAUGUUGGGUAUCUUCUGCCCAUUCGCCAAUUCCAAAGGAGGUCUGUCAGGUCUGAUGAUUGGGUUGCUCGUGGCCGUGGGUGUGUGCAUCGGUGCCCUGAUAUUCCCCUCUCCUCCUUACAUGACCCGACCUCUGCCACUGACCACGGAGGGUUGUAACUUCACCACUCAAGGCAACUCCAACUGGACCUCCGCUAUUCUGCCAGCAGGGCCAAGCACCAUCACUUCUGCCCCAGGGCACAUCACUGAUGAUAUACUGUCGGCAGAUAACUGGCUCCCUCCUUCCUACCUUUACUUCUCUCUCAUGGGAACUGUAACAGCGUUCACUGUGGGACUGUUCAUCAGCCUCGUAACUGGAGGCCGGAAGCAGAGGGUGGAAUCCAGGCUGAUGAUAAUGAAAGAAGACACGACUCUCUAUCACAUGUUCAGGUUUUUCAGAGGCAGAGUCAUGAGAAAAACAGGAAAUCUGGACCUGACGAAGAACAGAGAGGAGAAAACUGGCAACACAAAUCCUGCUUUCAAUCACACUGAGAUGGACUCAAAGAAAAGGACCAUUAUCUCAUGAAAGACAUCAAACUAUCUUUGCAUCUGCACAUAUUCUUAAAACUUCAAAUGAAUUAUAGUCAUGUUCUAGCCUAAUACAACAAAUGCCAUCAACGCCAUGUAAACUACAGCAAUAUUUUCUCCGUUAUUUAUAACAACCCAAAUUGUACAUGUGUACAGUGUUUCUGUUUUCAAUAUUGUCAUAUUCAUGGCAUUGAAGCAUGUAUGUACAAAUAUACAAUAACAAAUGGAACAGAAAUUACAGCUCUGAUUUUGCACUCCAGAA